GUUGAGCUCGGUAACUCUACUCCGCUGUGAUGUCAGCAGCGGUAAUGCGCGCUGGAUCUCCGAUGGAGACACGACAGAACCGCCUCAACCGGGAGAGAAAAUCCGCUACAAGCCCCGAGUGCCAGAAAAAACGGGGAUUUGACAACAUGGCGUACUUUUUAGUGGAAUAACUUUUCCUGAGAGUCCACGAAAACUUUGCGCAUUCCUGGCGGUAAAGCAUUUCGGGGGAAAGUCAACACAACUUCGUAUGGACCUAAACGGGCGAUUUUUCCAGCUUUUUGUGUAGAUCUAUCAUGGGAUGAGAGUUUCAAGUUGUCGCAAACCGCUGAAGUAGGACGGGAUGGAGAAGCAAGGAACGAGAAAAGAAAAGUUCAGCGUGUUCUCCCCACGCUCCCUGGGAGGCCGGGGGGGCCCCUCCGCAAACGCCAUGAAGGACACUGGUGGUGCUGGUGCUGGUGGUACCGGAAAAGGCAGCAGCGGUGGUGGAUCUGCAACCGCAACUCUGCCCCUGCCGUGCACCAGAACCGACACCACCGGCAGCACCGGCACUGGUACCGGCACCGGCAGCAGUGCCACCUCCUCGGCAGCAGGUGGCGGUGGCCGCGCCCUGAGCAAGGCGGAGUUCAUGGAGAAGGUGCGGCAGAGCAACGAGGCGUGCCAGCGCGGGGACUUCGGGAGCGCCGUGCGUCUGUACAGCGAGGCGCUCCGGGCCGACCCGCAGAACUGCAUCCUGUACAGCAACCGCUCGGCCGCGCACCUCAAGCUGGGACAGUACCAGACCGCGCUGGACGACGCUGUCAAGGCCCGCCUCCUCAACCCCAAGUGGCCCAAGGCAUACUUCCGUCAGGGCGUGGCUCUGCAGUACCUCGGGCGCCAUGCGGAUGCCUUGGCCGCGUUUGCCUCGGGGUUGGCCCAGGACCCCAAGAGCCUCCAGCUGCUCCUCGGCAUGGUGGAGGCAGCCAUGAAGUCACCCCUACGCCAAUCCCUGGAGCCCACCUAUCAGCAGCUGCAGAAGAUGAAGCUGGAUAAGAGCCCCUUCGUGGUGGUGUCCGUGAUUGGCCAGGAGCUGCUGGGCGCCGCCCACCACGGCGCCUCGGUGGUGGUCCUGGAGGCAGCGCUGAAGAUCGGCACCUGCAGCCUCAAGCUGCGCGGCUCCGUCUUCUCCUCCCUCAGCUCCGCCUACUGGUCGCUCGGCAACACGGAGAAGAGCAUCGCCUACAUGCAGCAGGACCUGGAGGUGGCCAAGACCUUAGGUGACCAAUCAGGAGAGUGCCGUGCCCAUGGCAACUUAGGCUCCGCCUUCUUCUCUAAGGGCAACUACAGAGAGGCGUUGACCAAUCACAGACACCAGCUGGUCCUCGCCAUGAAGCUCAAGGACCGAGAGGCGGCCUCCUCGGCCCUCAGCAGCCUGGGCCACGUGUACACGGCCAUAGGGGACUACCCCAACGCGCUGGCCAGCCACAAGCAGUGUGUGCUGCUGGCCAAGCAGUCCAAGGACCAGCUGUCGGAGGCGCGCGAGCUAGGCAACAUGGGGGCUGUCUACAUCGCCAUGGGAGACUUCCAGAACGCCGUGACGUGCCACGAGCAGCACCUGGGCAUCGCCAAAACGCUAGGUAACCAGCGGGAGGAGGCGCGUGCCUACAGCAACCUGGGCAGUGCCUACCACUACCGGCGGGACUUCGACAAGGCGCUGUCCUACCACACGCGGGUGCUGGACCUGGCCGCGGCGCUGGAGGAGAAGCCCAUCCAGAUGCGGGCCUACGCCGGCCUGGGCCACGCCGCACGCUGCAUGCAGGACCUGGAGCGGGCCAAGAAGUACCACCAGAACCAGCUGGGCAUCGCCGACGAGCUCAAGGACCAGGCCGCACAGGGACGGGCCUCGUCCAAUCUGGGCAUCAUCCACCAGAUGUGUGGCGACUACGAGACGGCUCUGAAGCUGCACACGGCGCACCUGGCGAUCGCGCGGGAGCUGAGCGACUACGCCGCGCAGGGCCGCGCCUACGGCAACAUGGGCAACGCCUACAACGCCCUGGGGCUGCACGAGCAGGCCGUCCGCUACCACCGCCAGGAGCUGCAGAUCUCCAUGGAGGUGAGCGACCGCGCCAGCCAGGCGUCCACGCACGGCAACUUGGCGGUGGCCUACCAGGCGCUGGGUGCCCACGACCGGGCCCUGCAGCACUACCAGCACCACCUGGGCAUCGCCCGCGAGCUCCGCGACGUCCAGAGCGAGGCGCGCGCCCUGGGGAACCUGGGCAACUUCCACUGCUCGCGGGGCGAGUUCGCCCAGGCCGUGCCCUUCUACGAGCAGUACCUGAAGCUGGCGCCCGACCUGCAGGACAUGGAGGGCGAGGGCAAGGUGUGCCACAACCUGGGCUACGCCCACUACUGCCUGGGCGCCUACCAGCAGGCCGUCAAGUACUACGAGCAGGACCUGGCGUUGGCGCGCGACCUGCACGACAAGCUGAGCCAGGCCAAGGCCUACUGCAACCUGGGGCUGGCGCACAAGGCGCUGGGCGCCUACGCACAGGCCGAGGAGUGCCAACGCUACCUACUGUCGCUGGCGCAGUCGCUGGGCAACACGCAGGCGCGCUUCCGGGCGCUGGGCAACCUGGGCGACAUCUACGUGUGCAAGAAGGACGUGGGCGGGGCCGUGGGCUACUACGAGCAGCAGCUGGCGCUGGCGCAGCAGGCGGGCGAGGCGCGCAUGGAGGCGGGCGCUUACGCUGCCCUGGGGGCGGCCCAUAGGCUGCUGCAGGACUACGAGCGGGCGCUGGCCUAUCACGCGCAGGAGCUGCGGGCGCAGCAGCAGCUGGGCGACCUGCAGGGGGAGCUGCAGGCCCACGGGCACCUGGCGGCCGUGCACAUGGCACAGGGCCAGUUCGACAUGGCCAUGCGCUGCUACGAGGACCAACUGCUGCUGGCACAGAAACUCAAGGAGCCGUCGGCGGAGGCGCGCGUGUACGGCAACAUGGGCAUCACCAAGAUGAACAUGGGCGUGGUGGAGGAGGCGCUGGGCUUCUUCGAGCAGCAGCUGGCCACGCUGCAGCAGCUCAGCUCCCAGCAGGCCUCCCUGGAGCGCGGCCGCGCCUACGGGAACCUGGGCGACUGCUACGAGGCGCUGGGGGACCACGAGGAGGCCGUCAAGCACUACGAGCAGCACCUGUCCGUGGCGCAGAGCCUUGGUCAUCUGCAGGACCAGGAGAGGGCCUAUCGCGGCCUGGGCAAUGGACACAGGGCGCUGGGCCACCUGCAGCAGGCGCUGGUGUGCUUUGAGAAGCGUCUGGUGGUGGCCCACGAGCUGGCCGACUGCGUGCUGAAGGCGCACGCCUACGGGGAGCUGGGCGCGCUGCACAGCCUUCUGGGUAACUACGAGCAGGCCCUGUCCUGCCUGGAGCGCCAGCUGGCCAUCGCCCGCGAGACCCGAGACCGCCCCCUGGAGGCCGACGCCAGCAGCGGCCUGGGCGGCGUCUACCAGCUGAUGGGCGAGCACGAGAUGGCGCUGCGCUGUCAUCAGCUGGACCUGCAGAUCGCCACGGAGACGGGCAGCGCGGAUCGGCAGGCGCGCGCCUACGGCAACCUGGGGCUGACGCACGAGUCGCUAGGCAACCACGAGAGGGCGGUGGCGUUCCAGGAGCAGCAUCUGAGCAUCGCCGCGGAGACCAACGACCUGGCGGCCAAGACGCUGGCCUACGGGAGCCUGGGCAGGACACACCACACGCUGCGCAACUACUCACAGGCCGUCAUGUACCUGCAGGAAGGUCUGCGUCUAGCAGAGCAGCUGAGCCGUCGUGAGGAUGAGGCGAAGAUUCGACACCGCUUGGGUUUGUCACUCUGGGCCAGUGGAAACCUGGAGGAAGCACAGCAUCAGCUGUAUCGGGCGUCAGCGCUCUUCGAGACGAUCCGGCAUGAGGCUCAACACAGCACGGACUACAAGCUGUCCCUCUUCCACCUGCAGACGGCCUGCUACCAAGCCCUGCAGAGGGUCCUAGUCAGCCUGGGUCACCACGAUGAGGCGCUGGCGGUGGCAGAGAGGGGGCGCACUAGAGCGUUUGCGGACCUGCUGGUGGAGCGCCAGACGGGCGCGCAGGACGACCCCUACACCCCGGUCACGGUGGAGUCCAUCCUGGAGGCGGUGAACGGGCAGCGGGCGCUGGUGCUCUACUACUCGCUGGCCGCCGGGUACCUCUACAGCUGGCUACUGGCCCCCGGAUCAGGCAUCCUGAAGUUCCACGAGGUGUAUGUGGGAGAGGGCGUGUCUGAGGGCGGGGCGUCUGAGUUCCAGGAUGCUGGUAGCGGGGUGGGCCCUGUGGCGCUGGGCUCCUCUCUGGAGCAGCACAUAGCCAGCACGCGCGAGGCCCUGGGAGUCGAGUCCUACUACAGCAGAGGGGGCUCGAGCAGUGAGACGGAGAGCGAGGCGGGGGACCUGCUGGACUUUGAGGACCGGCUGAGCUCCGCCCCCGACCCCAGCGGCUUCCUCCGGAGGGUCUCCAGGAGCAACCUCUUCAACAGGAGCUGCCACAGUAUGUCCAGUCUGAUGUCGAGUGGCGGCGUGAGUGUCAGCGUGAGUGCUCCGGUGUCCCCGGUGAGGGAGAGGGAGAGGGAGAGCUCCAGCCUGCCCCGACGCAGCACCAGCACCAGCACCACCAGCAGCAAACCCCCCCUCAGAGCCCUCUACGACCUGCUCAUCGCACCCAUGGAGGGGGGUCUGAUGCACUCGUGCGGUGCGGCGGGGCGCCUGAAGCAGCUGGUGCUGGUGCUGGAGGGGGAGCUGUAUCUGAUACCCUUCGCCCUGCUCAAGGGCAGCUGCAGCAACGAGUUCCUCUUCGAGAGGUUCAGCCUCAUCGCCGUGCCCUCCAUAGGGGGCCUCGCAGCCACCAGCAAGGGUGCGACUCGUCGUCCUGGCGCCGCGGGCCAGCAGCAGCAGCUGAGCGGCGGCCUGUCCAUGGCGGCGGUGGUGGGUAACCCGCGGCUCCCGGGCGGCGUGAUGGACCGCUGGCUGUGGGGCCCCAUGCCCUCGGCCGAGGAGGAGGCCCUGGCGGUGGCCGAGCUGCUAGGGUGCCAGGCACUGACGGGCAACGCCGCCACCAAGGAGCGCGUCAUGGCUGCGCUGUCCCAGGCCGAGUGCGUCCACUUCGCCACGCAUGUCUCCUGGAAGCUGGCCGCCCUGGUGCUCAGUCCCACGCAAGACACCAGCGUCACCGUCCCCACGCACACGACGCACUCGUCGCACACGCAAACACACACGACGCACGGCACGCAAACACACGCGCUGACACCCGAUGACACAAGUGACGUGGAGAGCAUCUGUGGUGACAACACGCCCCUGCAGGACAUUCUGCUCACCGCGGCAGACGUGCUGGACCUGAAGCUGCCCGUCAAACUGGUCGUGCUGGGCUCGUAUCAGGAGUCGGUGAGCAAGGUGACGGCGGAUGGCGUGGUGGGGCUGACGCGGGCCUUCCUGGCGGCGGGCGCCCAGUGCGUGUGCGUGUCCCUCUGGCCCGUGCCUGUAGCGGCCUCCAAGCUCUUCACGCACACCUUCUACUCCUCGCUGCUAGGGGGCGCCAGAGCCAGCAGCGCCCUGGUGGAGGCCAUGAGGAGCGUGCAGAGCAGCAAGCAGUUCUCGCACCCCUCCAACUGGGCAGGCUUCAUGUUGAUUGGCAGUGAUGUGAAGCUGAACAGCGCCUCGUCUCUGAUUGGUCAAGCCCUAGCAGAGAUCCUGCAAUACCCAGACAAGGCCCGGGACGCCCUCAGAGUCUUACUGCACCUGGUGGAGAAGUCGCUGCAACGCAUCCAGAACGGCCAGCGCAACUCCAUGUACACGUCGCAGCAGAGCGUGGAGAACAAGGUGGGCGGAGUCCCGGGCUGGCAGAACCUGCUGAUGGCCGUCGGGUUCCGCCUGGACCUGGCCGGCACCGGACUUCCUGCCGCAGUCUUCUUCCCCACCGCCGACCCCGGCGACCGGCUGCAGCAGUGCAGCGCCACCCUGCAGUCACUACUGGGUCUUCCUCACCCUGCCCUUCAGGCUCUCUGCAAACUCAUCACCAUCUCAGAGGCGGGAGAGCAGCUCAUCAACCGAGCUGCUAAGACUGUGGUGGACAUGCUCCACCAGGUGUUGGCGCAGCUCCAGAGCGGGGAGCGGGAACAGGACUUCUCUCUCUCCCCCAUACAGACCUGCAUCAGCGUCCAGCUCUGGAGGCUCCCCGGCUGCCACGAGUUCCUGGCCGCUCUGGGCUUCGACCUGUGUGAGGUGGGGCAGGAGGAGGUUGUGUUGAAGACGGGAAAGCAAGCCAGUCGACGCAUCAUGCACUUCGCCCUGCAGUCCCUCCUGGCCCUGUUUGAUUCAGCAGAGCUCCCUAAGCGUCUCAGCCUGGACAGCUCGUCCUCUCUGGAGUCGCUGGCGUCGUCCCAGUCAGUGUGCCCGCCGCUGCCCUUCUCCUCGCCCGCCUGCCCUGACACGCUGGCGUCGGACGCCAUCUCCCUCUACUCGCUCAGCUCCGUGGCCUCCUCCCUGAGCUUCCUGUCUCGACCAGACACCGUCGGCGGCAGCGCCGGGGGGUUGGCGUCGGCGGGGGGGUCGCACUUCUCCUCCCCCGCCCGUCAUCAUCACCCGUCGUCAACGGUCGCGGGUGGUGGCAUGACGCGAAGCCGCUCGUCUCCCACGGCCGCCACCGCCACCCAGGAGGAGUACGAGGGCUUCAGCAUCAUCAGCAGCGAGCCGUUGUCCCUGGCGCAGCGCGGCACCCUCCCCCGGCCCGCCGGGCACCGGACUGGCAUGCGCACCGCAGGUGUGGGAGGGUGCGGUGGUGGUGGUGGUGGUGGUGGUGGUCUGAGGGGCGGCCGGACACCAGGCGUGUCGUCCAGGGGCAGCGUCAGCACGCCUACGUCCCCUAUCAAGGCACCCCCUGCACCUGCCCCUGCCCCUGCUGCUGCCCCUGCCCCUGCUGCUGGCCACAAAGCUCCCAGCCCCCCCAAGAAGCCCAGCAGCUCAGACACGGGCACGGAGUCAUCCGACCAGUCCAGCACGGAGACGGACAGCACGGUGCGCUCGCAGGAGCAGGAGCGGCCGCCGCGGCCCCUGGACCCCCAGGAGCUGGCGCAGAAGAUCCUGGAGGAGACCCAGAGCCACCUCAUCGCCGUGGAGACGCUGCAGAGGAGCACCGGAACACCCGGAUCAGGAUCCGGAGGUUCCGGAGGAGGAACGACGCCGUCUAGCCUAGAUAUGCAGCACCCGGUUCAGCACACGGCCGUGUCAGGUUUCCGCUCGGCCGAAACCAGCGCGUUCAGCCGACCGACAAGCAGGGGGAGCCCAACGUCCGGAGGCCCGUCGCCGAGCCAGGGCCACCCGCGUCCCAAGCCGCCGUCGCGCAGCUCCUCGCUGCAGAAGGCCAGCUCCGGCUACAACAGCCCGGCCGACUCCCUGAAGGACGGCCAGCCCUCGCCCUCCCUCAGCAGCAGCAGCGCCACCCACAGCGGCACGCCCAGUGGCGGCGGCACGCCCAGCUUCAAGCUCAAGUACCCCAGCUCGCCGUACAGUGGACACAUCUCCUCCCGCUCGCCAAGCAACGUGUCGCCCAGCUCGGGCCACCAGUCGCCCGGAGGCUCCGCCCCGUCCCCCGCCCUCUCGUACUCGUCCGGCUCCUCGCGCUCCAGCCCCGGGGACGCGCCGCUGGAUCGCCUGCGACUGGCGGCCAUCGACGAGAAGGUGCAGGCCAUCCACAAUCUGAAGACGUUCUGGGCCAACGCCUCGCAGCCUCUGCCGCCGCACCCUAUGGGGGGCCCCGUUCGGGUGCUCAGAGGAGGGAGAGGAGGAGGAGGAGGAGGGGUGAAGAUCAGUCCUGUUCAGAGAGACGUGCUGGGGCUGCUGCACCUCUCUCCCCGCCAUCCGUCAACCAAUCAAACACAGCAGCAGCAGCAGCAGCAGCAGCAGCAACAGCAGGACACCAAAACUAAAAACAAAAAGUCCUCUUCCUCCGCCACUUCCACUUCCUCCUCUUCCUCCUCCAAUGGCAAGCUCCGCCCUCAGAAAGACAAGCCCCCCAGUGGUGGUGGUAGCCCCGGCCCUCAGAACGUCAGACUGCCUUCUGGGAACGGAUACAAGUUCCUGUCGCCCGGACGAUUCUUCCCCUCCUCAAAAUGCUGAGACAGUCAAACAGUCGCCCCCACCACCAUCAUCACCACUCAUUUUUUAGAGGCAUUGAACUCACGGGAAUAUCCCUGCCUGCCCUCCGUGUUAACCAAGUAACUCCUGAACUAGCGAGAGUUAUAACAACAGGGUGUCAGCAGGGAGGAGACUGACUGGGAGCAGACUAAUCGAUAUCUCCCUAAAAAAAUGAACAAAUAAAACUACAUCUGGCCCAGCUAAGGCUUCCGUUCGGGCCAGAUCCAUCCGAGCCAUACUAAAAGGCCAUAUGAGGACGAAAGCCUUUCCAAACUUGGCUGCUCUGCCACCUGCCUGCCUGUCCUGCCCUGCCCUGCACACACACACAGCCAGCCUCCGGCACUCCCACGCACAGCCUGCGGUGGGCAACCCUGCCUAAAGCAGCACGACGGGAGGGGAGGGGAUUAAGCCAGCCAGCCGGGCAGCCAGGCAGGCAGGCACGAGUUGUACAGAGACACCCAUGGACAUAGACAUAGAUGUAUGUGUAUGUCUAUAUGUAAUAGACAUGCCGUAGAUCUGCGUAUAUGUCUAUGCCCACUGUCACCGUCGGGCAGUGCAGCCAUGUUUGACCCUUUUUUUUGUUUCAUUUUGUAUUGUUGUUAUUAUUAUUUUAAUAUAAUUACUGUUAUUGAUGUUUAUUAUAUUAGAUUGUAAUUGUAAUGACUGUUUUUGUAAAUUAAAUUUACAGUUUUUUUGCAAUCAGUGUUAUACUUUUUUUGUAAGUUAAUAAUGAAGCAAGCCAUGCACAAAGACCUGAAGAUCAAAAUAUGUGGAUAUUAUUAUUUUUUCCUCUGUAUUGGUGAAAAGGUACUCAUGAUGACUACAGUGCGUAGACUGGGCUACUGGACCUGAGAGGAUGUGGUCCAAAUACCCGUCAGCACUGUCUUUUUACCAAACAAAUUUUACAAGUGUGGUCUCCCAAUAAAAGACAUAUC